AUGGCAAAGCUCCUCCUAUGGAAUGAAACAUCAGUCACGGAGUUCAUACUGCUGGGAUUUUCAGAGAGCCAUGAAGUGCAGAUCCUACUCUUUGUGUUGUUUUUACUUUUCUAUCUUGUAGCCCUGGUGGGAAACACCCUCCUGCUCAUCACACUGUCCGCUGAGCAGAGCCUUCAUACCCCCAUGUACUUUUUCCUGGGUAACCUCUCCUUCCUGGAGAUCUGCUACACAACCAACAUAUUCCCCUGUAUGCUAGCCAGCUUCCUCAAUGAGGCAAAAUCAAUCUCUUUCAGUGGCUGUAUGGCCCAGUUUUAUCUGUUUGGUUCCUUGGGUGGCACCGAGUGUCUCCUCCUGUCCAUGAUGUCGUAUGACCGGUAUCUAGCAAUAUGCAAUCCGCUCCGCUAUGCAGCUGUUAUGAGCAGGGGCAUGUGCCUUUGCCUGGCAGCUGCCUCCUGGAUCAGUGGCUUUGUGAUCACCUUGGUGACCAUUCUGUUCAUGUCGAGCUUAAGAUUCUGCGGUCCCAAUGAAAUAGAUCAUUUCUUCUGUGAUUUCUCCCCGCUCCUGAAGCUGGCCUGCUCAGAUACUUACCUCUUCAAAAAGGUCUCCUUCUUCUUGUCUUCCACUCUGACACUGGUCCCUUUUUUGUUAACCGUGGUGUCCUAUAUUUAUAUCCUAUCUGCCAUCCUCAACCGCCCGUCCACCGCUGGGUCACAAAAGGCCAUUUCCACUUGCUCAUCUCACCUUGUAGUAGUCACCGCAUUCUAUGGGACUCUGAUUGUUAUGUAUGUGGUACCAGCCGCUGACCACUCCCUAGAUCUGAAUAAAGUCUUCUCCAUCUUCUAUACCAUGGUGACCCCCAUGGUGAAUCCCCUCAUAUAUAGUCUGAGGAACAGGGAAGUGCGUGAAGCCCUAAAGAGGCUGGUAGAUAGAAAAUUUAUUUCUUGUUGGAAAGAAAAGCGUGGGAAGAUGUGA